AUGGCGGAGAGCGAGAAGGUGGAAGAAAAGGCACAGGAGAAGACGGAGGAACCGAAGACGGAAGAGAAGGCCAAAGCUGAUGGCGCGCCUGCCGAGAAGCGAAAGGAAUCAGGGGGCGCAGAGGCAGAUUCCAAGCGCCUGAAACCGACACCGCCGGAUCCUGCGGUAGUCCGGAAGCAGGUGGAAUACUACUUGAGCGACGAGAACCUCAAGUACGACAAGUUCUUCCACGACAAGAUCUCGGGAAAUGCUGACGGAUGGCUCGACAUGAGCUUCAUCCUGAGUUGCAACAAAAUGAAGUCGAUGCGAGCUGGCAAGGAGGAUGUGGUGGCUGCGCUGAAAGAGUCCAAGAUCGAGCUGAACGAGGGCAAUGCAGCAGUCCGCCGACCCGGCAAUGCCCCAUUGCCGAAGCUGGAGUCGAGGCCAAGCCAUCCCCAGAAGAAGAACUCCAUCCAUGCACACGACGGUGGUGUCGUGGCCAUGUUCCGCGGCAUCCCGGAGGAGCAGCAGUGGACACAGGUCAAGGCAGCCGUUCAGGAGAAGCUCCCUGCCAAGGUCAACUUGUGGCACGUCAGCCAAGUAAGCGACAAGAACGAAUGCGCCCUGGCUUGUGCGCCUUUUGACGGGGACGUGCCGUUCUUUGAGGGCCUCACAAUUGAGCUUGGUGGAGCCUCUUUGAAGUGCGAGAUUUGCUUUGCCGACGUUCUGCAGAAGGCGCUCAAAGACAUGCCGAAGCACAUCAGGGACAAGAGGGAGCGUGAGUCGCGCAAGAGGCAGAAGGAGCGAAAUCGACCCAUCAAGCUGGGGACCUGCCAGUUUAACAACGUCGCGAUGCUGCGGGGUCGAGUGAAGGAGAUCCUCAACUCGCGCAGUGAUGGAGAACAGCUGAAGCCGGAUGGGAGUGACUUCAAGCUCAUCAAGAGCCUGCUGGAAUUCCAUCCGAGUGGACCAGGGAAGAGCGAGGGCUUGGUCGGCAUCAAGGUCGGGAAGAGCCACCAGGGCGACAGCCGAUGUUUCUACAUGAUCAAGGAGGGCGGCAAAGAGGAAGAUUUCAGUGCAAAGAAGUGCUUGGAUGCUGUUGAGCAGAAGCCGCCUUACGUGCAGCCAGAGGAGAAGCCAGCAGGCGACAAGAGGGGCCAGGCAAAGGCCGCCCCUAAAGGAGCCGCGAAGCCCGAGGAGGCCAAGGCAGACAAGAAAGAGGAGGAGAAGCCCGCGCCUGCCGAGCAGGAGAAGCCUGCAGAGUCGGCUGCCGACAAGGGUAGUGAAGCAAAGCCGGACGGUGAGUCGUGA